CGUAUUCGUGACGUCAUUCGUAAAUAGCACACUGAAUGAAAGAAAAUGGCGACACAUGUCUCUACGAGAAGUGUGUAAUCACAACCGAAUAUCAGUAAAUACAGGCACUUUGUGAAGUCUGCCACGUGUUUUGUUUGAUCUAAGGAAAGGAUUUGCAUCACUUGAUCAAAUUUCGACGGUCAAAACUUCUUUGAGUCUACCAGUUUUGCAGAUCGACAGCAAACAUCGAAAAUGUAUGAGGACAUCACGGAAUCGGAGGAGAGCGACUUGUGUGACUGGCAGCUGCCGCUUGCAUACAUGAAGAAACGACACACAGACCCAAUCGAAGGAAGCAAAACAGAAACACAAACAUGGCGAAUGAAAGAACGGAUGAAGACAGUGAGUGUAGCUCUUGUGAUAUGUCUCAACGUUGGUGUGGACCCCCCUGACACAGUCAAAACUUCACCAUGUGCAAGGCUAGAAUGCUGGAUAGACCCACUUGCUCUUAGCCCAUCCAAGGCUCUCGAGGCCAUAGGUACCAGUUUACAGAAGCAGUAUGAAAGAUGGCAGCCUCGGGCUCGUUACAAGCAGACCCUUGACCCCACAGUGGAUGAGGUCAAGAAGCUCUGUACCUCCCUGAGACGUAAUGCCAAGGAAGAGAGGGUUCUGUUCCACUACAAUGGCCAUGGGGUUCCUAGACCAACCACCAAUGGAGAGGUCUGGGUAUUCAACAAGAAUUACACCCAGUACAUCCCGCUAUCCGUAUAUGACCUUCAGACCUGGAUGGGCAGUCCGUCUAUCUUCGUCUACGACUGCUCCAAUGCAGGACUUAUACUGGAAUCCUUUGAGCAGUUCUCUGUACAGAAGGAGCAGGACAGAGAGCUUGUGGGGAAGAGCCCCACCCCAAUAAACAGGACCCAGGUGCCCCUGCCCCCACCGGCCAAGAACUGCAUCCAGCUGGCUGCGUGCGGCUCCAAUGAACUCCUUCCUAUGAAUCCCGAGCUUCCUGCCGAUCUCUUCACAGCUUGCCUCACCACACCCAUCAAGAUUGCAUUGAGAUGGUUUUGUAAUCAGAGGAGUAGCUAUCUGGUGCCAGGAGUCACACAAGAACUUGUAGACAAGAUUCCAGGAAGGUUAAAUGAUAGGAGAACACCACUGGGUGAACUCAAUUGGAUCUUCACUGCAAUCACAGACACUAUAGCAUGGAAUGUAUUACCUAGAGAUCUAUUCCAGAAACUAUUCAGACAAGACUUGUUGGUAGCCAGCCUCUUCAGGAAUUUCCUCUUGGCAGAGAGGAUUCUUCGUACAUACAACUGCACUCCAGUGUCGAGUCCCAGGCUACCACCCACAUACCAACAUCCGAUGUGGCAAGCAUGGGACCUAGCAGUCGAUGCCUGUCUCUCUCAACUCCCAACCCUGGCCAAAGGUGCAGAGUACAAGCACAGUCCUUUCUUCGCUGAGCAGCUCACAGCCUUCCAGGUCUGGCUAGGUAUGGGGUCGGAGAUCAGAGAACCACCAGAACAACUCCCAAUCGUGCUUCAGGUUCUGUUGAGUCAGGUGCACAGAUCAAGGGCUUUAGAUCUCCUUGGUCGGUUCCUAGAUCUAGGACCAUGGGCUGUCAGUCUGGCCUUGUCAGUGGGUAUCUUCCCCUACGUCCUGAAGCUUCUUCAGAGUUCGGCCAGGGAGCUGAGACCACUCCUUGUCUUUAUCUGGGCAAAGAUCCUAGCGGUGGACAGGUCUUGUAAAGCAGAUCUAGUGAAAGACAUGGGUCACAAAUACUUCCUCUCCGUUCUCGCGGAUCCCUACAUGGUGGCUGAGCACAGAACAAUGGCUGCCUUUGUAUUAGCUAUGAUAGUUGAGGAUUACCAGAACGGACAGGAAGCAGCGUUUCAGGGUAACGUUAUAGCGAUCUGUCUGGAGCAGCUAAACGACCAGCACCCUCUACUCAGACAGUGGCUAGCUCUGUGUAUAGCCAGGGUAUGGACCAACUACAAUGCGGCAAGAUGGUGCGGUGUGAGGGACAGUGCUCAUGAGAAGCUAUACAAGCUACUCAAUGACCCUAUACCAGAGGUGAGGGCUGCAGCAACCAUAGCUCUGGGAACAUUCAUAGGCAAUGGAACAGAUCGGACUGACCAUGCCAUGACCAUCAAUCAUAAUAUAGGAGUUACAUUGCUUUCUGUGGCCAAUGAUGGAAGUGCAAUAGUAAGGCAGGAACUCGUGGUGGCGCUCUACCAGUUAAUCAAGCAGUCGGAGACCCAGUUUGCGACCAUCGCCCGGCAGCUGCUAGACGAGGAGCAGAGCUCGGAUGAGAACCUGGCGCCACGGAGCGCAGCAGUCACGUCUGGUGGGUGGCUUGUGGUCCAUGACUCUCUCAAUACAAAUGACCAUUUACGUCGCGCCUCAGUGGCCGUCACGAACACCGCCAGCCGGAAGUCCAUCUCUAUCCUCCCCCGAACGUCCAGCGGAAACAACCUGCAGCACCUCAACGGUGCCACAGUUGCCAAGUCACCGUCAAGCAGCAGUUCUUCACCGGGCAGUGGGGACUUCCUUAGUACUCCAACCCUUAACGGAAAAGGGUUACCAAGAGUGCCGUCAAGCUCCUCCCUGUCAUCCAACGUCUUUGUCCAGAUGUGGAGGGUCAUUCUGCUCUUGACCCAUGACCCCCAUCCAAAGGUCAAGGAGCUAGCCCAGACCCUGGUCAAUGCGAUCAAUCUCAAGGCAACCAUCUCUGCCAAACCACAGCUGGUGAGGGACAGCAGAAAGACAAGCUCUGCGCCGUCUAGUCCUACCAGGAACUCACAGUCAUCACCACCACAAGACAUGAGUGAUUCACCACCCCUGAACAUCCCCAAUGAGAUCAUGAGACCCGUCCCCAUCAAGCCCUGGGAGCAGCCUCCGCCAGAGAGACCCCAGAACCCUGGCCCCAUCGACGCCCAGUACCCUGGCCCAUCCCCCACCCUCCACUCACAGCGAUUCACCAGGACCAGGAAGCUGCACGACAGGGGACCAAGCGUGACGUAUGAGGAGGUAGAAGAUGUGAUGACUACCAAGAAUCUCACCAUCACUACAGAGUUCUCUGAUUGGUGCUGCAAGUACUUUGCUCAGUCGGUCAUGAAGGCUCCAGAAGAGAUGGAUCCGUUCAGUGGUCUACAUCACAUGAGAGAAUGGAGGUUUGUACGCAACGCCAGGAUACGCAAUGAGACGAGGGAACAACUCAAGAAAGCCAAAUCUUGUCAUUUAGACGAUCAGAUCUUCAUCAACAAGAACUCUGCUGUACCCUAUGUGGUUAAGUUCCAUCCAUUCAACCCCCAUGCUAUCGUAGCUGACAGGGAAGGUGUAUGUGUAUGGAACUGGGAGAGUGGUGAAAGGUUAAACUACUUCCUCAACAAGAACCCCAAGCAUUCAAAGAUUACCUCAAUGGAUAUACUCAACUCUCACGACCUGGCGCUAGUCAUGACCGGAGCAGACGACGGAUCAGUGCGUAUAUGGAGGAAUUAUUGGACGCCAGACGGGAGGCCCGUGGAGCUUGUAACAGCUUGGCAAGCCUUGUCUGAUAUGCUUAUCUCUAAUAGAGGAUCUGGUCUAGUUCUAGAUUGGGAGCAGGGAUCAGGGAUGCUUCUAGCCUCAGGGGAUGUCAGGACGAUACGGGUCUGGGAUACCCAGAGAGAACUCAAACUACAGGAUAUACCCACAGGUGCGGAUAGCUGUGUUACAAGUCUUGCGUGUGACUCAGUGGGAAGGUCUCUACUUAUAGCAGGGUGCGGGGACGGAUCAGUCAGGCUGUACGACAGAAGACUAGCUCCACAAGAAUGUCGGGUGAUGACAUUACGAGAGCAUCAGAGCUGGGUUUCUAAUGUUCAUCUACAGAAAGGAGCAGGGGAUGGCAAGAUUAUCAGUGCUGGUCUUGGAGGUGAUGUCCGAUUCUGGGACCCUCGAUUCACCGAGUCAGUGAAGGUAGUCAACACAGCUCCAGAUCUAACCACCAUGGAAGUCCACCCACAUGCAGGAAUAUUUGCCUGUGGGUACAAGAACCAGCAGAUCAAUGUGUACAACAUGCAUGGAGACUCACUAAGCACUAUCAAGUAUUACGAUGGGUUUAUAGGGCAGAGGAUAGGCCCGGUUAGCACACUGGCCUUCCAUCCUUACAAGCUCCAUCUAGCUGCUGGUUGCCGAGACUCCUUCCUCUCCAUCUACUCCACAGAUAAGAAGAGAUAACCCUGGCAUCGUCCACACUCCUCUACGUUACACGUCUGAAUUGUGUACAGCUAUCUGUGAAACGAUCAUUCUAUGUGGAGCAAUGAUGUCGUGUACCGGUGGUUUAUUGCCAGUUGGUCUUUAACUUCUGUCAUCUGAUAUCUAACCUAGUUCAUAUUAUUUCGUUUUGUCCUUAUCCAUUUGUCUACCUGUAUUACUCUAUACAUACGAUCCAAUUAUCAUUUCAUUUAAUGAACAUUCUGCCUUGCAGGUAGUGAGGUUAAGACUGAUUUCCUUUACUACCAUAUGAAAUGCAUAAAAGAAGACUAGUAUGGGGCAAGACCAAUGAGGUAGACCAAAUGAGUCAGUUGACAAUAUGGCCUACUAAACGUAUUGCCUGUCAGGAAAAAUGAUCACUGGACCAUGUAUGGAAAUUAGGUUUGGACCAAAUGGCAUUAGACCAAGUUGUAGACCAAGUGGCAAUUUACCAUACUGGUGCACAUAUUUGAAAAGUGUGCAAUUCUGAACACGUCCAUGCUUGAGCCUUCUUCUUGUGUGUCUUUACACUUACUUUGAAAAAGAAAAAACAACUUCCUUUAACGACCGUGUCUGCAAAAUGUGUGUUUAGUGCCUCGAAAUGAAUCAUGUACCAUAUAUAUAAAGUGCACAAUACACUGUAAAUCUACCCUGUCAAUUAAUUUUCAUAACCCCCCCCCCCCUCCCCCCAACAUAAACUUUCCACCUUUUAGUGGUUAUGUCAUGGAGUAUUGGCAAAAUUUAAAGUCGGUAUGAUCAUAUGCUUCAAAUCAAUUUACUUAUUAAAAAUAUACGUUUAUUCUUUAUAGUGACAAUUACACCUUGUGGAAUGGUAAGGACGUAUAUAUACUCACCCCCUAAUCUGAUAAACUUUUAAGCUAGUAUUGUGGUAGUCUAAUUCAUGUUUGCAUAAGACGAUGAAAGGAGAAUCUACAUGUGGUGCUUUCUUCAACAUAAGGUCACAAAAUGAAAUUCAGAUGGAUUAUUUACCAUUCUCCAUGAUGGGCAUUAAUUGUGCUACAAUGUGCUAACUGUACCCAACAGUCUAAAUGGAGAUCACAUUCUAUCUGUUCAUACUCAUGUAUCAUGGAUGCAGCUUGGAUUGUGUGUUUGGAGCGACUCUGUCUUAAAGUUUACAAGUUGAUGACCGUGUGGCUCAAGACGAUAAAUCAAUCUAUAAAUCUGUGUCCUGCGUAACAUUGUUCAUGUCUUCACACAAAGCCAUAGGCAGCUUAGGUUAGUGAUGACAAAUCAUUUAUUGAGAUUUGAGAAUCACAAGGGCUUUGAAUAUUAGUAUGUGCUCACACUCUCUAGCCUUCAUGAUGUAUUGCAUUUCAAGAAGUGGGCUAGGCGGGGAGAAGCCACCAGAUUGUGCCAUACUUUAUCAAUGUGAAUGGAUGAUAUACAUCCUGUACAUUAUUCUUUGUUGGGAUGAGAGCUCGAGAUAUAUUGGCUGUCAUAUCCCAUGCAGGAUUUGUUUCUUUUCAUGUCUAUAUCAAUCAGUAUUCCUCGGAGUGAAGAAGAAAAACAAAACAAACCAACAAAAAUAACACUCUAUGGAAGUAGUGAGCAAUAAAACUGUCUGAAGCUUGAAUAGAGCUUUAGGCUUUGUCUUGUAAUCAAUCAAUACGGAUUGAUCGCAAGUCCUUUAAUCAUGCACAAACUUACAAUCUCCCAUCUCUUUAGUACAGAUUUGUUAUCACGGGCGGAUCCAGGGGGUGCCCACCCCACCCCACUCCCCUCCCACCCCACCCUCUGCACAUUAAGUUUGGACACUAUAAAACAUGGUGCUAAUUUUUAAUUGUAAGAUACGUCAGCUGUUAUUUAUCAAUCAUCAUCAUGUUACCUUUGCUUUAAUUUAUUAUUUAAUCAAUCUGCAAGAAAGAUUGUUUUUCUCUGAAAAAUUUAGGAAGCACAAAGCUAAUGAUCAUAUUAGUAGUAGUAUUCAUUACAAUGUAAGAAAUACAAGAGGUAAACUGAAAUGACUCAUUUCAUGUCAGCUUAUGUUUAGAACUGCUCAAUUCUUGGACUUUGAGACACCAAACGACCAAAUAUCUUUGACUUACCGGUACCCUUUUAUAGUAUUUGAAAUUACAAUUAUGUCAUGGAUAUUGUCAUCAGGGACAGUCAAUACUUUGUGCUUAACAGUAAUUAAUUUUCAAGACAAGUUCUUGAGAAAGGAAAUUACCAUGAUCUGUCCAUGCAUGCUCAGGUAAGUUAAGAUACUGGUAUUGCAAUAUUUCAUAGGAAGCGACGUGAAGAAUAAAGUGAAAAGCUUACAUUGUGCUUGAGAAAGAUAGCCCAAGCUCCAUACCUAUGGCUUUUGGGGGUGGGGGGGGGGGGGAAGAGAUUUCAUGUUCCAGCAGUUCUUGAAGUGGAAACUGGUCAAUUUUGUUAUUCUUCAUUCACUUGUCCCCCCCCCCCCCCUUCCACCAAAAUUAUUGAGAAAUAUUUGGCAUAAGAAUGAAAUGCAACAAUAUAUUUCCAUCUGAAAGAAAUUUUGUGACUAGAAUUAUUUUCAUAAAACAAGUACGGUACCUAAACAGUAAUGCUAUUAUAAUUAUUAUUUUUUAUUGAAAAUUGAUUUCUCACUUUCAGUUCUUAACUAAAUUUUUUUGUAUAAUUUUUUUGCAGAAAUACUUUAAUUACGGAAUGAAAAGAAUGAAAUUUGAUGAACACAGUUCACUAUGUCUGUGUACCAAUGUUGUACUUGUAAUUCCUCGUCCAUUCGCUAAAAUUUUAGUUUCCAGAUUAUUGUAACCUCGAUGUAAUAGUAUGUUACUCUUUCUAUAUUUCCCAUACCGGUAAGCAUACAUGAACAUUGCAACUUGAAGGGCACAAAACCUAAUUUUGAUGUCAACCAAACAAUAUUUUGACCAGGCUCGUGACAAAACACUUUAUUUUGUGAAAUGCGAUGUUAAGAUUAUUACGAAAAAGAAAUCCUCUCAUAUGCCCUAUCCAGUCAUAAAGAAAGGGUAUGCAGUAUUUAAUUUUGUCUGAAUAUGUACAAUUUCUGAUUUCUUUUGUAAAACUGUAUAUAAGAUAAACUAUGGAAUGUUAUGAAAUUGUAUUUGUAUAAAGAAGCAUGACUGCUCAAUAUGGUCUUUGUUCAAAAUAAAGAUUCAUGUCUGACAUAAUAUAUAAA